AUGGGAUAUGAGCCUGAUCCAGAUGCUGUUAGAUGGGGUCUUCAUGAUCUGGAGGUUUGUACACUUACAAAUGCCGGUUCUUGUACUAGUGUAACGCGGUAUGAGCCAGGUGUUGUUACUCAAGGCUAUGUUAGAGAAGGUUACAAUCAGCCUUUGACUGGUUAUGUUGACAACGAUGCUGUAAUCGCUCAGUUUUAUCAAGACGAAUUGUCUAGAGUUGCUCGAGCCGAAGAAUCGGGGUUUAAUAAUCCUAGUCCGACUUCAGUUGUUACGCAAGAGUGGUCUCAUCCUCAUCAAGGUGGACUUUUCAAAGAACUUGUCUAUACAAUCCAUCAUUUGGAACCGGUUUUGAAUUUCCGGGUUUAUCGUUAUGAGCUUUACUUACCGUUUGCAGGGCAAGAAAAUCAAGGGGAAGUCAUUGAUAUAUCUCGGGAAAGUGAACAUAACGGUGCCAUGGAAGAAAAGAAUGUUGGGAGGAUAGGAACUCAAGGAGAACAAAGCUACCCAUCUCGUGAUGAUGACUCGGUUUGUUCUGUAGAAAUAGAAGAAGAAUCUUGGUCGUUGGAUUCUGAGGUUGGGAAGCGAUUGAACCAGAUGAUACCUGUUGCUCAUGUACCGAAAAUCAAUGGGGAACUACCGUCAGAGGAUGAACAGAUUUCUGAUCAUGAACGCCUAUUUCAGAGAUUACAGCUUUAUGGCUUGGUAGAGAACAAGAUUGAAGGAGAUGGAAACUGCCAGUUUCGAUCACUAUCAGACCAGCUUUACCGCUCUCCAGAACACCAUAAUUUUGUUAGAGAACAAGUUGUUAAUCAGCUUGCGUAUAAUCGAGAGAUGUAUGAAGGUUAUGUUCCAAUGGCGUACAACGACUAUCUUAAAACAAUGAAACGGAAUGGAGAAUGGGGUGAUCACGUUACUCUUCAGGCUGCUGCGGAUUGGUAUGGUGUUCGGAUGUUUGUGAUAACUUCGUUCAAGGAUACAUGUUACAUUGAGAUCUUGCCUCAUUUGCAAAAGUCUAAUCGCCUUAUAUGUUUAAGCUUUUGGGCUGAGGUUCAUUACAAUUCAAUCUACCCUGAAGGAGAGCUGCCAAUACCGGAGGGCAAGAAGAAGAAGAAAUAUUGGGUUUUCUGA